CCUUUAGUGCUCUAAGAGCUAUAAAUAGUCAUUAGGGCCCAAGCAAGUGGCCUUAACACAAGGAUUUCUUUCCAAAAAAUGCAGAACCAUUUUAAUUAAACUUGCAAUCAACCUUUGGGAGGGCAGGCCCCCGGAUUCCGUUUGCACUCAGAGACACGAACAAGAUGGGAGUCACAGCUAUGCUCGCACUGCCCCUGCUGCUCUUGGGAAUCAGCGGCCUCCUCUUCAUCUACCAGGAGGUGUCCAGGUUGUGGUCCAAGUCAGCCGUGCAGAACAAGGUGGUGGUGAUCACCGAUGCCAUCUCAGGACUGGGCAAGGAGUGUGCUCGGGUGUUCCACACCGGCGGGGCAAGGCUGGUGCUGUGUGGGAAGAGCUGGGAGAGGCUGCAGAGCCUGUAUGAUGCCCUGAUCAGCGUGGCGGACCCCAGUAAGCAGACAUUCACCCCGAAGCUGGUCCUCUUGGAUCUCUCGGACAUCAGCUGUGUCCAAGAUGUGGCCAAAGAGGUCCUAGAUUGCUACGGCUGUGUGGACAUCCUUAUCAACAAUGCCAGCGUCAAGGUGAAGGGGCCUGCCCACAAGAUUUCUCUGGAGCUCGACAAAAAGAUCAUGGACGCCAAUUACUUUGGGCCCAUCACACUGACCAAAGCCCUGCUUCCCAACAUGAUCUCCCGGAGGACAGGCCAAAUCGUGCUAGUGAAUAACCUCCAAGGGAAGCUGGGAAUCCCGUUCCGCACCGCCUAUGCCGCCUCAAAGCACGCGGCACUAGGCUUCUUCGACUGCCUCCGGGCGGAGGUGGAGGAAUACGACGUGGUCGUCAGCACCGUGAGCCCUACUUUCAUCCGGUCCUACCACGUUCCGCCCAGCCAAGGAAACCGGGAGGCCUCCGUUUGGAAAUUCUUUUUCAGGAAGCUGACCUACGGGGUGCACCCGGUGGAUGUGGCAGAGGAGGUGAUGCGCACGGUGAGACGGAAGAAGCAAGAGGUCUUCAUGGCCAACCCCAUCCCCAAGGCCGCUGUGUACAUCCGCACCUUCUUCCCGGAGUUCUUUUUUGCCGUGGUGGCCUGCGGGGUGAAGGAGAAACUCAGCGUCCCGGAGGAGGGGUAACUGCAGUGGGGCAAACCGGUCACCUCGAGGGGAAUAAAGGCUUUCCUGGCC